CUGUCGCGACGCGGCUCUCAGUUGCGAGUACCGCCAGAGCCAGUCAACCAGCCUGCCCGCCCGCCGUCGUGUGCCACCUCCGCAGCCAUGGUCCUGUCCGCCGAAGAUCGCAGAAUCCUUAAGCAGACCUGGGAAAAGGUGUGCGGCAUCCAGGAGGAAAUCGGCGCCGAGGCCCUGUUCAGGCUCUUCUGCGUGUUCCCCGCGUGUAAGACCUACUUCCCACACUUCGACCUGAGCCCCGGCUCGGCCCAGGUCCGCAACCACGGCAAGAAGGUGAUCAAGGCGCUGGAGGAGGGCCUCAAGAACCUCGACCACCUCCACGAAACCCUCGCGGAGCUCAGCAACCUGCACGCCUACAACCUGCGAGUGGACCCCGUCAACUUCAAGCUGCUGGCCCGCUGCCUGCAGGUGACGCUGGCCACCCACCUCAAGAGCGAUUUCAACGCCCUGGCCUACGCCGCCUGGGACAAGUACCUCGACUGCGUGGGCGAAGUGCUGGCCGAGAAGUACAGAUGAAGGCCGCCUCCUGAGCUGCCGUCGGGGCGCCUUGCUUAGGUGCUCCUCCUUUGUUGUGUGACUGAGCAAAAUAAAAGCCGUGAACUACA